AUGAAAAUUGGCGAGCAGCUCAAUAAAGAGUAUUUGGCUGAGUAUGGUGAUUUCUUCCCCCAUCAAGAAUCGGUGGAAGAAAAGAUAUUAAAAAGAAAUCAACGGUUGCUGAGGCACAUUGUGAGAGAAGUUUAUUUAGAGGAAACUCAAUUAAGCAGAACAUCUAAGAAUUGGGUUGUUCUUGAUGAAGAUCGACCUUUAUCGGUGGAGAAUCAAAGAAUGUAUAUGGUCAAAAAAUGUACUAAAGAUGCUCACAUUGGUGAUAACAAUGAAAAUUCUUGUAUUCAUUCUGUACGUCACAAUCAAAAAUUGUCGAAGGAUACUCCAGGAUUCGAGGUCCUCAUCGAAUCCGCUGGUAGUAAACGUUAUCUUGGAAUAGGAUUAACCAGCAGAGAGAACAAGAAAGAAACGUUUCCAGGAAACAACGACAACAGCGUUGGAUACAUCGUUGGAUAUGGAGAACAACCCGGUGUCUCACAUCGCAUCGAUGAAAUCGACCCUUUCCCGUACACUGGUGAUAUGAUAGGCUGCAGAGUAAUGUUUGACGAGCCGGCAACGGACGAUGGGUAUUUAGUUCAAUUAACGCGUAACCGACGACUGGUUGGACAAGCUCGGGCAAAACGCGACAACCUCUUUCCUUUUGUGGCGAUAACUCAUCCAGACGUCAAAGUCCUAUUCAGGUUUGUAAAAGAUGACCAAUCAACUUACAAAGAAAAAGAUGAUUCUUCAAAUCAAAAAGAGAACAAAGGCUUAAGUCAGGAAGUCAAAGAAAUGAAAAAAGUCUGUCAACAUCUUCAGAGUCAAAACCAGGAAAUAAAACA